CCUCUUUCCUUGACACUACCUCGCCUCCACCUCCCUUUUAUCCGCUUCGCCAUAUCUCCUGAUUGAGCCUCGGGCCGUUUCCCUGCAUCCACCUCCCAUUACAUUCUUUAUUCCAACCGCUCAUUCAGUCACACUCUCCCCGCAUACAUUCUUCGCUCAUGGCAUCCUUGCAAGGAAGGCGACCUGUCAGGGGCAAAAUAAGACCCCCGCAGCGAAGGACCACGACAGAAUCUCUCUUUGACACCACCUGGCCGACACUCGCCAAUGCUAUCAUCACGAUUCAUGAGCAAAAGGCCUAUACGUUAUCGUACGAGGUUGUGUAUAGGUCCGCAUACAAUUUGGUCAUCCACAAGUGUGGUGAAAGACUCUACAAUGGCGUCAAGGAUUUGAUCGAGAAGCAACUAGAAUCAGAGGCAGAAAGCAAGAUUGUCCCAGUCCUCGGCAUCGCAGAUGCUUCGCCCUCGGAGGGAGUGCAGCUCUUGAAGGCGAUUCAGAAGCUGUGGGAGCACCAUGUGGUUUGUCUACUGAUGAUCACCGACAUCCUUGUCCAUAUGGACAAGAAUUAUGUACCGCAGAGUAGGCUGCCACGGACUUACGACAUGGGCCUCUAUCUCUUCCGGGAUACUGUCAUUCGAUCGCCAAAGUACCCGAUUCAAUCGCAUUUGCAGAUGGUCCUGCUCAACCAAAUUACCAUGGAACGAAAGGGUGAUGUGAUCGACCGAGGAGCAGUCAAGUCGUGCACCGAAAUGCUGCUGGCGAUGAAGGAGAACAACGGUAUGGACUCUGUAUAUAAUACUGAUUUUGAGGUCCUCCUUGUGGAGACAAGCCGCGAGUUUUACAAGAUUGAGAGCGACGAUUUGGUCAGACUAUUCGAUCCUUCAGAGUACAUGCGCAAGGUGGAGAAUAGGCUGGAUGAGGAACAGCAGCGCUGCUCAUACUAUUUGACUGAGAAAACGGAACCAAAGAUUCGCGCCAUUGUUGAGCAAGAGAUGAUCGCGAAGCACUUGAAGACCGUCAUGGAGAUGGAAAACGGGGGUCUAAAACAGCUCUUGAACAACAACCGCCGGGAUGAUUUGGAGCGCAUGUACAGAUUGUUCUCGAGGGUCGCUGACGGAUCAAAGGAGCUGCAAACGGGCGUUUCGGCCUACAUUAAGGAGAGUGGCAAAGAAAUCAACGCAAACGUGCGCGAAUCCCAGGCAGAGAAUACGGACAAGGCAGUGCCGCUUGGGGUGACUUUGGCUUUGAGAUGGGUCCAGGAGGUUCUUGAUUUGAAGGAGAAGUUCGAUGCCAUUUUGACCUCGGCAUUUGCAAAGGACAAGGCGUUUGAGAAGGCAAUUAAUUACGCAUUUGAGACCUUCAUUAACCUGAACCCUAAGGCCCCAGAGUUCAUGUCUUUGUUUAUCGACAACAAGCUGAAGAAGGAUUUCAAAGGAAAAUCCGAUGAUGAAGUCGAUUCUAUAUUGAGCAAAACAACGACACUCUUCAGGUUCCUUUCGGACAAGGAUGUAUUUGAGAGAUAUUACAAGCAACAUCUCUCUAACCGGCUGCUCCUUGGAAAGAGCCUUAGCGAUGAAGCGGAACGAGGCAUGAUCUCUAAAUUGAAGAUCGAGUGUGGAUACCAGUUCACCUCAAAGCUCGAGGGAAUGUUUACAGACAUGCGUCUGUCGACGGAUACGAUGACAUCGUUCAAGGAGUUUCUGGAAAACGCCGUUGACACUCCUCCAUUCGAGCUGAGCGUGACCGUAUUGACAUCCACCUACUGGCCAGUUCCCUCCGUCCCUGUGCCGUGCAAUCUCCCGAUGGACUUUCUCGCCGCAACCAAGAUUUUUGAAAGAUUCCACACCUCAAGACACAAUGGCAGGAAACUCACCUGGCAUACCACCAUGGGUAAUGUGGAUCUGCGUGCGACAUUUAACGCCAGGAAGCACGAACUAAAUGUGUCGACCAUGGCCGCUGUGGUAUUGCUUCUCUUCAACAACGUACCCGACGGCGAACCAUUGUCGUACAUGGCAAUUGAGCAGGAGACAGGACUUCCCGCAGAGAACUUGAAGCGAACGUUACAGUCUGUUGCCUGUGGAAAGUUCAAGAUAUUGAUCAAGGAACCAAAGUCGAGGGAUAUUGCAGACACAGAUACGUUUAAGUUCAAUGCGGCAUUUUCAGAGAAGCUGUCACGCAUCAAGAUCCAGACGGUCGCUUCGAAGGUGGAGAAUGCCGUCGAGCUCAGGGAGACAAAGGAGAAGGUGGAUGAUGCACGGAAGCACAUGGCCGAGGCAGCGAUUGUGCGUGUGAUGAAGAAUCGUAAAUCACUGGACCACAACAACCUCGUCGCCGAGGUUAUCGGCCAGCUUCAGGGACGCUUUAAUCCAGCACCGUCCAUGAUCAAGAAGCGUAUUGAGGCAUUGAUCGAGCGCGAAUACCUCGAGCGAGCUCCUGGCGACAGGACGAUAUACAAUUAUCUUGCAUGAGGACCACACCGCACUCAUCAAUAAAUCACGUGCCCGUCCCUGUGACCCUGAGCCUGAGAGAGCACUGAAACGAAGACAUGCAGCCUGAGUGCCGCCAUGGUGGUGUCUCAUGAACUUUUUGUUAAAAGACCAGCUUUUC